CGAAGUGACCAGUAUCCAGAGAGUUCACAGCCGUAGAGGGGGAGACAACCAAACUAGCACAGCGAGGCCCAUGUUUAUCCCCUGCCUCUUUACUGUUGUCUAUUUAAUUUAUUCUUGAUUGAUUGCGGAACUAUGAAGGCUUGCACAGUGCAUCUGUGUUUUACUUUUGCGCGUAUUGCUCAGUUUCCUCCGCACCACCUCAUUCACUGACAGCUUGAGCCAACCCAGCCAGCCAUCCAGCCCGUGAGCCAGGACCGGAGCGCCUACCGUCCCGUGGAAACAGCGCGGUGUAUGGAACAUGGCUGCGAUGAGGACUUUAACCGUGGCGGGGUUGUGUUUGGCUUUCUGCGCCUUGGGGCUUAUAGCAGUGGCGCUCAGCACUGACAAUUGGUACGAGACGGACGCCAGGAGACACCGGGAACGGUGCAAGACUUACUCCAAUAAAAGAAAUGAUCCCGGCUUCAUAUACAUCUCCAACCUGCCUCUACGGAUGCUGCCAAAGGAGAAACACGUAGAGAGGAAAGGCUCCAGUGUGAGCGGCGAGAUGCUGCUGCGGGCUAAGCGGCACCUCUCGCCCCUAGCCUCGGCCAUGGAGUCGCUCUGCAGUCGGCAAUAUAACUCCACUAUCACCGGACUGUGGAGGAAGUGUCACAGAGAGGGAUUUGACUUAGAAACCGAGGAUUUAAUCUUUAAAGGAUUGGUCCCACGCUGCACGCCAAUAAAAUACUACUACUCAUCUUCCGCGCUGCCCAGGAAUCUGCCUGUCAAUUUGACUAAGACCAUACGCCAAGAUGAGUGGCACGCGCUCCAUCUCCAGAGGAUGACAGCCAGUUUCAUAGGCAUGGCCAUAUCUAUCAUCCUGUUUGGUUGGAUCAUAGGCGUGCUGGGCUGCUGUAAGGAGCAUGAUCUGAUGCAGUAUGUGGCCGGACUGCUCUUCCUCAUGGGAGGGACAUGCUGCAUCAUCUCACUCUGCACAUGUGUGGCUGGAAUCAACUUUGAACUGUCACGCUAUCCACGCUACAUGUUUGGGAUCCCGGAAGAUAUCAGUCACGGUUAUGGCUGGUCUAUGUUCUGUGCCUGGGGUGGGCUCGGCCUGACGCUCCUGGCUGGUUUCCUGUGUACUCUGGCCCCCUCCCUGUACCCCCCACAGACCCCAGUGGCACACAAGCCUCGGCAGGAGAAUGGCUGCGUGUGACAGCACUCAGUGUUCAUGCAGACAUCAGUGUGGAGCCCUGCUGUGGACUUUUAUACAGGGACUCCCCUUUGAGAAACGCGUCUCACCUGGACUCAAGGAGAGACUUUACCUGAAGAGAAACACAGUUCUUCUGGUGCUUCUUUUGCUCCACUUUUCUGAAUGAACUGUUCCAUGUUAUUGCCUGCUCUUCAAGAGGAGAAUAGUUAUACAAAACUUUCUGCUGAAUCUGCCAGUUUGAAAAAAGAAUCCUUGUAACUGGCAGGAAACUGAUAGCACAACUUUGAAAUCUGUAUUGAAUAUUAUGAUGUGGUCUGUCACAUUUCAAAAGGGCAACUGUGUAUCACGAUGUACUCAUAAAAAAAUAUUUACAUGUAUUUUCAACUGUAUGUAUGCAGAUGCAUUUGUGUUUAUUCAAUGAAAACAUGACAUUAAGACCGAACUGUGUUUGAGAAAAUGUUUUGUUGUUCUCAAGGUCUUAACAAUGGAAAUAUUUUUAAAGAAUAAAAGAAGCCUUGCAAAA